AUGGUGGAAAUCCUUUCUGUUCGUCCGCCCACUCCACCCAGGACAUCGCGAAAAGACCAUCCCCCUGCUAUCUUUCAGACCCCCGGAGAGGAUCCCUCAUUGUCUGCGAGCAAAUUGACGGGGAAUUGCUCCAACAGACAAUCGAAACGGGUGAACUUCUCUCCAUGGACGAAAUACAUUAAGUCACCAGCCUUCAAUCAUUCACCCUGCAAAGCACUGCCGCCUUCGAACGAAUGCAAGCCCACGAAAUCCAUCCUCAAGACGACCCAGUCCCCUUCUCCCAAUAAUUUCCUCGAUGUCACUUCAGGUGCUCCUGAGUCUUUCGCUAUGCUUCUAGAGUCUGUAUGCCAGCAGCUAGCUGGUGAAUCUAUGAGCUCGAGACAAGAUGCGUAUAUGCAGUUCUUGGGGGCAUUGAAGGCGUACGAGGGCCUUCCCGGAGAACAAGAGAUUUCCGAGAAGCUUCGCCAGAUUACACAAUUUAUCCAGCGGGAUAUUAGCAGGGAUCUUGAGAAUGGUGGACCUUUUGAUACAAAUCUAGUCAUCUGCGCUUUGAAGCUGGCGGUUACUUUCGUCUGGCAUCCGGAGAUAUCAACACGAUUGCCGGAUGACUUCAAGAUCUUCCUUGUUGAGCAAUCGAUAAACAGUUUACAGAAUGCUAAAUUACCUAAGUCCAUUCUGGUGCAUUAUAUGCAUGUCCUGUCAGCUCAAAAUUUCAACGCGAAGAUCAUGACAAAUGCGAGGUUGAUCAACCUUAUCACGACGCUGCACGAUCUUACAGACCGAGUGAAUGGAAAUGCUAUUGUAUUGCAGCGGUUGAGCAUUUACCAGCGCAUCCUAACCCAGUCCAAGACCAUAUUUGUCUUACAAUCGGCGUUGUGGAUAGAACACCUUAUCUCAGGCUUACUCCACCAUGUUAAAGAUACGAGGCUAAAGGCGAUAUCACUCGGUUUCCAUACAUCGAUGGCGCUGGGCCCAAACCAAACGUUAUCAAAGAAUAUCCGCGAUGCCUUCGAACGUCCUAUUAACAAAGACAGGAAACUUGUGUCGGAAAUAUGUGAGCGUAUGUCGCGGAUGAUGGGGUCAGUUGAAACUGCCGUGCACGUUCCACAGGUCUGGAGUAUUGUGAUACUCCUUCUGAGGAGCAAAAGGUUGAGCGUAUCUCACUGGGAGCAUUUCAAAGACUGGUUGUUCAUCCUCCAGAAGUGCUUGAAUUGCAGCGAACUAGCAGUCAAAACACAAGCCAUUCUCGCAUGGAAUCGUUUCGUUUUUGCUGUUGGUCCAAAUGAAAUGACCGGCCGCCCCAUGCUCAAGAUGCUAGGAAAGCCAAUACUGUCCCAGUUCGAACGCAGAAGACAGGAAAAGCCUGGGACGCAGCUGACCGGGCUGGCCUUAUCUAGUUACUACAACCUUCUAUAUUAUGCAUUCCGCCCAUCAGUGCCUCACCAGCAUUUGGACGUCGUCUGGGAAGAAUACGUUGCGCUUCCUUCGCAGUUCUUCUCUUCAGUCCCAGCACUGAGUGACCGAAUCUCUGCGGCUUUUUCUUCUCUCAUGUGGAGCUCCCAGGCAAAGGUCUGGUCGGAGAAUAAAGUCAAUGAAAAUGGGAAGCUUGACCCUGAGGAGCUUCCCUCCAUCGAUUGUAAAUGGAUCAGGUCGCGAAUUAGCUCGGUUCUGAAUGUCUUCGAAAUUAUUCUCAAGUCAUCCGUUUGGACAGAUGAUGCGGUUGACAAAUCCAACAUUGCCGCUGCUUGGAUUGGCCUUUCCAGAGCUUUGUCCUACGCUUCGAGCAAAGAAGUAACCCCUUCUGCGGAAUCAAUGCAAGCGGUUGCCGCUGUGCUUGGUUUUCUUCGACGCCUUUGGAAUACGGGCCCCAGCUCGCUUAACGCAGUCGGAGACAACUGUGUGGAUAGGUUCUUUGAUCGCUUCCGUUUCUUAUCGACAACAAUAAUAUUUUCAAUCGGCAGUAUUGCAUUCACCGAAAAGCUUGUCUUGAAGGCUGGUGAUGAGAGGUUCCAAGCUGCUAGCACGCCUCAGCAUCGCCAUCCUUCUGCAGAUAAUAAUCUAGACAGCCCUAUAUUUCACUUGCUCCGAAUAAUAAGCGGAAUUCACGGUGUUUCAGAACCGGCUCUUUCUUACAGACGGCUAAUCGAGGGCAUACUGGAAGCUGCUUGCAAUGGGAGAACAUCAAGGGGAUCACGUCUAGAACUUCUCCACCAAUGUGCCGUUUUGUGCUCAUCUGAGGCAGAAUCACACUCUGGAAAUUACAAAUUCUGCCAACUCAUCUGGAAAGUAACAGCGAAAUUUUCUGCAGAUUGUCUAUGCUCUUUUCCGAUAGAAUCUGCCCGACAGCGUGAUGGAUCUAUCUCCCGUGACUAUGACAAUGCUGUUAGAAUCCUCUCCUCUGGGCUCACUUUCACGGAGGCUUCGCAAGAAUGGAGUCAGCUUUUGGAUUCAUUUGUCCGCGUUUUGAGAACUGAGAAAGGCGAUCGAGCAAUUGCAACGAUUGUCAUUGAGCCCUUAUCUGAACGCAUGAUGUUGCAAAAGUCGAGAGAUCUUUACCAGCCUUCGACGGCAUUCUUCAAUCAUUCCCUCUCUCUUCCUUACUGCCACGAAAACAAUGCGAACAUGGAGGGAAAUGACACUUGUCAUUCUUCCCUUGAUGGCGAUUUAUUUAUCUUCCCUGAUAAUUUGGUGAAGUUAACCGAUAAAAUCCUUCGAGAAACUUACGAAAUAUUUGACCCCUCAAGGACGAACGGUAUUGCGGACUUUCUUGAAGCCUUGACGUCCUUUCUGGGAUCUGGUGCCUUUGCAUUCCGUGCGAGGGUUCUUGAAAGGAUACAGCAGCCUAUCUCUUUGUGGCUGAAGGAUGAAACGCGCAAACUCAAUGCCGAGUGUGGCAUAGAGAGUAGAGUCCUUACUUCUUGCCGUGCACUCUCCUUAGCCGUCCUGAACAUUUUACAGGCCUCUGAGCCUUGUGACUAUUCUUGCCUACAAAAGUUCGAGACCAUCAUUUGUGCGGGCCUAGAAUCAACACACGUGUUCACUAUGAGAAGAUUCAUUGAGGCCUGGCUUCCCAAGCUUGAAUCGCAAGUAUCAUCUGCAUACCCUGAAGCCAUUGCACAUGCACUCACAAGGCUGAGAGGCCUUCAUGGGAAACGUCAGUGGCCAAAUGUGUCAUUGUCAGAUUCACAGAUCGGUAAUGGCAGCCAAGGCCAACGGCGUUCGGGGGAGAUGAAAGGUGAUUCUAUUACGGUCCCUGAUUCUCAUCCGGUAGCUGUCCUAGACGAUCCGUUCGCGCCCCGCUAUUCUGAAGAAUUUGAUUCAUCUCCUAUCGUCAAGGCGAAUGGACUUCCCGCAGUUGUACCGGUGGAUAAAGCGGCCAAGUUAUCACUAUCAUUAAUGAGCAAAGCCGAAACCAAACAACGCGAAGACCACAAACGCAGGCGAAAAGUCAAGGCCAUAGAGAGCCCUCGUCCCUCUUCAGGCACGGAGAGAAAGUCUGUCCAUGGACCUUUCACACCUCCAUACUUGUGCAAUUUUCACAAAUCAGAGUCUGCCACUGGAACCCCCCAAACACCUCUUCCCGUGAUCGCAGUUGAAAAGGGGGAAACAUUCCUAGACUCGUCUCCAACCCCUGGUACAAGAAGUCGAAACUCUGCUGGUCAUAUCGAAAUUUCUAUGCCCAUAGCAGUCCAGGACAGCGAGGCUCGUUUCGAUAGUGAUCUUCCGUCCUCACCCCCGGAGAUCAGGCCACAGAAUGCAAAUGAUCACAAAGCUGACUCUCCAAGCUGUCUACUUCGGAUACAUACAGUCCACGAUAGUACUGUGUUCGGGAAUGUGGAAGACUCAGAUAUAACCGGAAACCCAGCUGUAGCGAAAGUCUCAGCGGCCUGUGAGACCACAUCUACAAAGGAUUCUGCCAGCGAGCAUGAAAAUACAGAUAGCCAUGGAACUUCUGAGAUGUUGAAGGGUUCAACAAGACGCCUACGCUCUUCGGGCAGAAAUUUAUUCUCAAAUCCAAAUUCUCCAGUGGAUUCGAUCCAGAAUAGCAAACCCGCAUCCGAAAUAAAAACUUCUGGCUCUGAUGCUGCGGCAAAAGCUAACGAUGGACCACAUAGCGUUGACCAUUCUGACUACUCUGCAAAUUUAUCAGGCGAUGAUAUGGAGAUCCAGAUUGCAUCCCAGCUAGAACAAGACAUGGAACUGGCCGCGGAUAUGAACGAAACGAGGAAGGGGGGAUUAUCUGAAGGGAUGUCAAAUAGUUUGACAACAACCAAAAAAAGGAAACGGCCAGCACACAAAACUUCCACUGCACAUGAUGCUAAAAGACGCCGGUCUUCAAGGCUUACAUCUACUGGGGUUUCCACAGUCAACUCUCCAGAGCAGAGAGCUACUCAAAGUGCAGAGACGGUUACUGCGAGCGAGUCCCAGGACGAAUUUAUAUCCGACCUUUCACCCGUUGAUGCAAAGAGAAGGAAAUGCGAAACAAAUAAGGAAUUGGGGGCACACAAGGUCCAUUCUGGUGAGGAUGCAGCGACAGCGACAGCAAGACGCCGGAGUCUCCGAAGAUCGUCACGAAUCGCCUCUUCCGACAAAGAAGGGAGCAUGGAUAAUGGAAACCAAUCACAAUGGGAAGACCGAGGGCGGAGAACUUCGAGGAGGCUUUCCAGGAUCGAGAAUAAACAACGCCAAAAUACCCUCGUUAAGGGUGUUGGAGCCGAGGAUGAUGAACUUUUGGAAUCCGAGACCCCCAUGUCGAGUACCCAAGUCUCAGCUGAUACAGACAUGAGUUUCAUGUGCCCCCAGGCUGAACAAGCUGAAGAAGGUGAAACUCGGGUUACAUAUGCGGGAAUAUCCCCAGAAGACAAUCAGCCUACUGAUAAAUGCAUGGUAUCUCAAGCUGCUCAGACAGCGGAUACCGAAGGCAAUAUUGCGGAAGCUGAUAUCGUUAAUUCCCUCAAAAAGGUUCUGAAUGAUGUCAAGAUGAUGAGCUUAGACAGGGACGCUCUGAGACAGAUCGAUGAUUUGCUAUUUGACAUUCGAGUCGAAACACAUGAAGCAACCAGAAGGCAAAAGGAUAGGGUUUAG